AUGAAUUAAAUUUAAGAUUUGUAGAUAAAGUGUUCAAAUAAAAAACAUGAUUGUAUUGUCUAGUUGGCUUGUUUUAAUGAAUGUUGUAAUGCGAAUAGAAUUUAUUGUUUUGAAUGUUUAAGAUUAGGAGAUCAUAUAGCUCAUCCAAAUGAUUAAUAUGAUUGGAAAAAAAUAUUUUAAGUUAUAGAACAAAUCAGAUAAUAAAGUGAUGAAUUAAUUAAAUAAUUAACUUCAAGUAUUGAAAAAAUUUAGAAAUCGUUUUCACUUUUAUGUUAAGCAUUAAAAUCAAAAUAUUAAUUAUCAAAAGAAUAAAUCUAAAAAUUUGAAAUAAAUUAAUUUAAUUAAGCCUUGGAUAAUAUGCUAAAAUAUAAUCGAAUAGCUUAAGGAAUAUAAUUAGAUAUAGAGUAAUGUUCAAAUGAUACAUUCAUAUAAAUUAAUAAAAUUAUAACAGAAUUAAAACUAAAUGAAUUAAUUUAUUAUAAACUAAAUGACUAAUAAAUAGUAUAAGCUGAAGAAUUUUUCUAAAAAGGUAAAAAAUUAAUAAAUCUAGGAUUUAAAUUAUACUCUGAUGAUAAAUAUAAAGAAGCUAUAGAUUAUUUAGAUUAAACAUUAUUGAUUAAUCCAAAUCAUAUAUUAGCAUUAUAGUUUAAAGGUAAAAUAUAUUAUAUACAAAUUUUAGCUUUUUCUUUAAGAUUGCUUGGCAAAUAUAACGAUGCAAUUAUUUGGGCUGAUAGAAUAUUAUUAAUAGAUUCAAGCCAUAUUGACUUAUUAUAUUUAAAAGGUAAAAAAUAUUAUAUAACAAUCUAAUUUUAAGGUUGGUGCUUACAAGCUUUAUUUAAAUAUUCUGAAGCCAUUUCUUAUUACGAUAAAGUGAUUUAAUUUGAUCCUAAUUUCUUUGAUGUUAAAUUAUUAAAAAGUAUUUUAUAUUUUAUUAUAAAGCUCAAUGUGAAAAAAAAUUAAGUUAAGAUUGA